UAUUUUUUUUGCUUCCUUAACUGUACGGAGGAGCUUUUCGUCUCCUUUCCCCUACCCCCGUCGCUUUUCCCCGCUCCGGCGACGCCGUCCGGCGAGCGGCGGGCGCGAUUUCGGAGCCUUUCGCCUCUCGGCCCCUCCCGCUCAUGGCGUGGCCAAUGGGGAGGCCGCUACUCGGUCACGUGACGCGCCGGCCGCCUCCGCCUGGAAGGGCCCCCCUCGGCGCUGAGGGGUCGCGCGGCUCAGGCGGGGCCUGGAAAGACGGUUGGGGGGGCGGGAAGAAAUGGAGUCGGUGCUGCGCGGGUGAUUGGUGCGUGGGGGGAGGGGGGACUCUUUCUGGCCCCCCUCCGCCGCCGCCCAAGAUGGAAGCGCUGCGUCACGGCGUCCGGGCGAGGGGGGGGGAAGUUGUCUCGCGUGCCCUUCAGCCCCGCUGGGACCCCCCGCCCCCACCGGAAAUGACUCAGCCGCCUCACUUGGCCGCCCCCCCCCGCGCCUGCUGCCCUGAGGAGCGUGCCGUGCCAGCGUUGGAAAGCCGAGGCCGAGAACGUCCCGUGGGCGAUCUAUAUGUGAGGGAGACGGCCGGCCGAGCCCUCCGGUUUCUGAUUUCGUCGAGGAGCCUCAGCCGAGCAUCUUUUGUGCGGCUGAGGAGUCUCGGGUUUUGGCGGGAAACGACGUCUGAGGCGGGAAAACGCCCGCUUUCCCAUCCGGGGCUUCCUUUUUCCCCGGGUAGGGACUAUUUCGAAGAGAGGAAAAGAGGAGGGCGGCGGGGAACGGUACGCUGUCGCCGCCGCCGCCCUCCCGCCGCCCUGCUUCUCCGCUGUCCAAAAUGGCGCCUCUCCCGUCUCCCCUCCCUUCCCCCCGCGGUGAGCAGAGAACAGCAACAGCCAACGGCCGCUCUCCACUCGGCGUCCCGCCCCAGCGCGGGGCGCGAGCCAAUCGGGAGCGAACGAAUGGCAGCCAGGCCCAAUGCGCGAGCCGGCAGCCGGAGUAGGGGGCGGAAGGUGGAAGAGUGAUGGACCCGGGUGUCGCCCAAUCGUAAGGCACCGGCGUCCGGCGUUCCUCCCCGUGCGAUCUGUCGAGGCUGGGAAUGGGCGUGGCUGGGCGGGACGGUGAUGUCAGCCCCGCUGUCGGCCAAUCGGGAGGCGGCGGCCGUCUAUAUAAGGCCGGUCGGGGGCAGGCCGACAGGCGCCAUUUCGUUGUAGCGAAGGAAGGAGCCUUCUCUGCGCGCGUUGGAGCCAGCGCGAGUGCGGCGGAGAGGGGGCGGACUCUAUCCGGAGACAUCGUCGCCGCUGCAACCACCGCUCGGAUCCUCCUCCUCCCGGCUUCCGUAGCGGUGGCCGCCCCCGCCCGUCCCGCCUUUCAGGCAGAGCCGGCCGGCCCAAGCGGAGCGCGGCUCGCAGUCCCCCUUUGACAAUCCGCCGCCAUCCGUGGCUCCGCCCGCGACGACCAGCCCGGCUCCCGGCCCUUCCGGAGGCGGCGGCUCCGGGGACUCCGCGACGCCCCGUAUUUCGUGCCCGGCGGCGGGCCGGCCUCCCCCGAGGCCUCGCGAGCGGGAAGCUGCCUGCAGCGCCGCGCAGCUGCGGAGGCCGCCAUUUUCUGAGCUUUUGCGCCGCUCGGCCGGCGGAGGAGGAGGAGAAGCCCCCGCGCCGGUCCGCCAUGCAGCCGCCUUCCCUCCCCGCGAUGCGCCCGUGAGCCGCGCGCCCAGCAAGGUGGGGGGCCCCCCCGAGGCCACGGAGGCGCCGGCGGCGGCUGCUGCAGCGGGACCCUCCCGGCGGAGAGGCCAGGGCGGCGCGGCGGCGGUGGCGGCGGGCAUGCUGCAGAACGUGAACCCCAACGGCAAGCUGCUGGGCGAGGGCAAUGCCGGCCUGCUGGGCCUGGCGGCGGAGUCGGCGGCGCCGGGCAAGCGGAUCCGCAAGCCGUCGCUGCUCUACGAGGGCUUCGAGAGCCCCACCAUGGCGUCGGUGCCGGCCCUGCACCUGUCCUCGGCCGCCAACCCGCCCCCGCCCGAGGUCUCCAACCCCAAGAAGCCCGGCCGGGUGACCAACCAGCUCCAGUACCUGCACAAAGUGGUGAUGAAGGCCCUCUGGAAGCACCAGUUCGCCUGGCCCUUCCGCCAGCCGGUGGACGCCGUCAAGCUGGGGCUCCCGGACUACCACAAAAUCAUCAAGCAGCCGAUGGACAUGGGCACCAUCAAGCGGCGCCUGGAGAACGGCUACUACUGGAGUUCGGGCGAGUGCAUGCAGGACUUUAACACCAUGUUCACCAACUGUUACAUCUACAACAAGCCCACAGACGACAUUGUGCUGAUGGCCCAGACGCUGGAGAAGAUCUUCCUGCAGAAAGUGGCCCAGAUGCCCCAGGAGGAGCAGGAGAUCGUCCUCACGGUGGCCAAGAACAGCCACAAGAAGGGAGCCUCUCGGGCAGCAGCCCUCCUGGCAGCAGCUAACGCAGCCGCCCAGCAAGUUCCGGCCAUCUCUUCGGUCUCCCACACGGGGCUCUUCUCCAGCGGCACCACGGACAUCCCCACCACCAUCAUCAGCAUCCCCCACCCCUCCGUCAUCUCCGCCCCUCUCCUCAAGCCGCUGCAGGCCGCCACCGCCUCCCAGCCACUGCUGGCCGUGCCUGCGCCCACCCAGCCGGUGACCAAGAAAAAGGGCGUCAAGCGGAAAGCGGACACCACGACCCCCACGCCCACGGCCAUCAUCGCCACCAGCGGCGGGGAGUCCUCCCCUUCCGCCCCCUCCGUGCUGGAGGCCAAGGCGGCCAAGGUCCCCGCCCGGCGGGAGAGCGGGCGCCCCAUCAAGCCCCCCCGGAAGGACCUGCCGGACUCGCAGCAGCACCAAACCUCCAAGCGGGGGAAGCUGUCGGAGCAGCUCAAGUACUGCAACGGCAUCCUGAAGGAGCUCGUCUCCAAGAGGCAUGCGGCCUACGCCUGGCCCUUCUACAAGCCCGUGGACGCCUCCGCCCUGGGCCUCCACGACUACCACGAGAUCAUCAAGCACCCCAUGGACCUCAGCAGCAUUAAGCGCAAGAUGGAGAACCGGGAGUACCGCGACGCACAGGAGUUCGCUUCCGAUGUGCGGCUGAUGUUCUCCAAUUGCUACAAGUACAAUCCUCCUGACCACGAUGUGGUGGCCAUGGCGCGCAAGCUGCAGGACGUCUUUGAGUUCAGCUACGCCAAGAUGCCGGACGAGCCCCUCCACGUCGGGCCCCCCUCGACGUCGCUCCCCCAGCCGGGGCUCCUGAUGAAGUCCUCCACGGACGACGACUCCUCCAGCGAGGAGGAGGAGGAGGAGGAAGAGGAUGACGAAGAGGAAGGGGACGAAGAUGAGAGCAGCAGCGAGAGCUCCUCGGACAGCGAGGAGGAAAGUUCGGACUCCGAGGAGGAACGGGCCAAUCGGCUGGCUGAGCUGCAGGAACAGCUGCGGGCCGUGCACGAGCAGCUGGCCGCCCUCUCGCAGGGCCCUGUCUCCAAGCCCAAGAGGAAGCGGGACAAGAAGGAGAGGAAGAAGAGGAGGAAGCUGGACAAGCGCAAGGCCAGAGCGGGGGAGGAGGAGGGCCGCGCUCACCACCCGGCCCAGCCCAAGAAGCCCAAGAAGGCCGGUGGGGGAGGCGGUGGCGGCGGCAGCAGCAAGAACUCGAAGAAGUCCGGGGGCUCCAAGGGGGCAGCGCCGCCUCCUCCCCCUCCUCCCCCGCCCCCCCUGCUCUUCGACUCGGAGGAGGAGGAGGAGAGCAAGCCCAUGAGCUACGACGAGAAGCGCCAGCUCAGCCUGGACAUCAACAAGCUGCCGGGGGAGAAGCUGGGCCGGGUGGUGCACAUCAUCCAGUCGCGGGAGCCCUCGCUGAGGGACUCGAACCCGGAGGAGAUCGAGAUCGACUUCGAGACGCUCAAGGCCUCCACCCUGCGGGAGCUGGAGCACUACGUCCUCUCCUGCCUGCGCAAGAAGCCCCGGAAGCCCUACAGUGAGACCCUGAAGAAGCCGGUGGGCAAGACGAAGGAGGAGCUGGCCCUGGAGAAAAAGCGGGAGCUGGAGAGGCGCCUGCAGGAUGUCAGCGGGCAGCUGAACUCGGCCAAGAAGCCGCCCAAGAAAGCCAAUGAGAAGCCAGAGUCCGCCCAGCAGGUGCCCGUCUCCCGCCUGAGCGCCAGCAGCUCCAGCUCCGACUCCAGCAGCUCCAGCUCCUCUUCCUCCUCCUCGGACACAAGCGACUCGGACUCCAGCUAGGCGACCCCGGGGGCGAAUGAGGAGAGACGGGUGGGUCGGGAGGGGAGGCCCUGCAAGGGAGGCCGGAAGAGGAGGCGUUCCGCGGGAUCGGAACCUGGAAGAGCGAGGGGGCUCCCCCCUCUGGGUCAGCACAGGAAGGCUCGGCCGCCGGCUGCCCUCUCUUCUCCCCCCACCAGACUGUGGCGGGGCGAGAGCCCAUUGGGUUACUCCCCCCACCCCCCGUUUGUGGCUUCGGUUUGGUGGGGGCCGCACCAGGACUAUGUGUGUACAGGGUUGCUCCGGAAGGGAGGGGUUGCCUGGAACUCCAAAGCCUUGUGUAGUUUUUAUCUGGCAUUUAGCGAGUUUUGAGUUUGGUGACGCUCCUCCUCCAGAGGGACAGAAGACGGCCUGGGUGGGGUGGGAGUUGCGUGCCCUCCCCCUGUGCUCCAGCUUGGAGCCUCUCCCCUCUUGGGUGGGGAGAGGGGAGAAAAGUUGCCGCCUCCUCUCACGCCCCUCCCCCGCACUCAAGGUUCUUUAUUUAUUCCCCCUUUCCCCCCCCUGGCUUCCUUGGGACCCGGAGUGAGUGUAGCCGUGUUAUGUCCUUGGCACAACCGCCACAAUCGCAUGUUCUUCGCCCCCUUUCCGGGGCGGCCGCCAGAAGAGGAGAGGCAGCCCCCCCAUCGAGUUUUUUACGUUGACUGUAUAUUUUUUCUACCGUUUCUUUUAUUUCCCACUUGUUCCAUCUUCUAGGGCUCUUGUUUCAUCUUAAUUGUAUGUUUAAAUCUUCUGGUUCUUUAACAUGUAAAUAAUAAUAAUAAAAAAAGAAAGAAAAUGGUACAAA